CACGCUGCUGUACACAGUUUGCACUGUAGAGAAAUAUAUUUUAUCUUCAUGGUUUGCACACUGGUUGUAGUUUGCCGAUCCUGAAUGUAUGUAUCUAAAAAAACAUUUGUCUGUUUAUUCACUUCCUUCAGAUCCAUGAUUGAAUGCAAAGCACACGAGUUGAAAUACUACACAGUUGAGACUGGCAAUACUUUGGAUUCUCAUAUUCAGUUUAUGAGACAACUCAACAACACCACAAGAUGUUUUACAGAAGUCGAGUCGCCAGUGGAGAGUGAUGUCAUCAUGGCUUUCUGUCCCAUCGUCUCCCGCGCCGGGACUGAUAUUGAAGCAGCACUGCAACAGAUUCCAAAUCACCAGAUCAUCGCUAUUAAACCAGAUCAAACCACAACUGCAGUACAGUCAACAGAAAAGAGUCCAAUAGCUGCAGGAUCCAUGAUUGAACACAAAGUUGCACACAAUAUGAAGUACUACACAGUUGAGACUGGCAAUACUUUGGAAACUCAUAUUCAGUUUAUGAGACGACUCAACAACACCACAAGAUGUUUUACGGAAGUCAAGUCUCCAGUGGAGAGUGAUGUCAUCAUGGCUUUCUGUCCCAUCGUCUCCCGCGCCGGGACUGAUAUUGAAGCAGCACUGCAACAGAUUCCAAUGGGUAAAGAUGUCAUUCUGGUAGUGCUGCAUCACACCUUCAACCCAGACUACACUGUACCUUACAGCAGCAGACUAGUGACCAGAAGUGAUGUAAUACUCACAGUGGACUGUCUGUUCCAUGAGAGACUGGGAGGACUACUGGACUGUCCUCGCAAUGAUGCAGCAGUCAGAAAUAUUAGGCAGAAGUUUGACACAGUGGACUGUCUGUUCCAUGAGAGCCAGGGACUACUGGACUGUCCUCACAAUGAUGCAGCAGUCAGAAAUAUUAGGCAGAAGUUUGACAUAGAUCCUGUGGCCAGAAAUCGUGACUGUCUAGCUUGGAUUCUAAACGCUGCCAUGACCAGAAGUUGUGGCUUUCUAGCUUGGAUUCUAAACGGUGUCAUGUGGGCAGUGUCUUCAGGCUACAACUACGUUUUCAUUCACAAUCCACAUCCCUCUACAAGGCCUCAUUCUGACAGUCUAUCUGUGAUUCGGAGCAAUAUAAUGUACACAGUGUCUUCAGUCUACAGCUACCUCUGUACACGGCUUUCAUAUGUGAAGCGGCGCUUCUGUGACAAUAAUUAGGUUCCAGUAGGUUCAAAAUCCACAUCCCUCUUCAAGACCUCGUUCCAGAAGUGAUGAAAGCAGUUCCACUUUUGUACCAACAAUGAAGACAUGCUAAUUGUUUUUAUGGAUUCCAUCUUUAAUUGUAUGGCCUACUUAAGAAAAUGUCUUUACUUUUGAUGUCAAGAGCACUUGCAGGUGUAAUGUAUAGAAAUUGGGGCCGAUAUUAAACAUUUUAAUAAAAAUGAAUGAAAAAUAAUAAA